AUGUCAGUCGCCAUCGAAACCGAAGUUCCCACCGCUCCUAUGACCGCCCAACCCGUCGUGCUGGGCCACAAGGCUAGAAUCCCCGAGUUCAGUCUCGCCGGCAAGGUGGUACUGGUCUCAGGCGCCGCCCGCGGUCUCGGAUUGACCCAAGCAGAGGCACUUCUGGAAGCCGGCGCAAAGGUGUACGCACUCGACCGUCUAGAGGAGCCGGCCCCGGAGUUUGCACGGAUUCAGCAGCGCGCAAAGGAACUCGGCACAGAGUUGCACUACCGUCGCAUUGACGUGCGUGACACAGAACUUCUGAACAGCGUGGUUGAGACCAUCGCCAAUGAAGAGGGUCGCAUGGAUGGUCUCGUUGCUGCCGCAGGUAUCCAGCAGGAGACUCCGGCGCUCGAGUACUCGGCCCAGGAUAGUAAUAGGAUGUUCGAGGUGAAUGUCACGGGGGUGUUCAUGACCUCCCAGGCUGUGGCUAAGCAGAUGAUUCGCUUCGGCAAUGGUGGUAGCAUUGCGAUGAUUGCCUCUAUGAGUGGCACCGUUGCCAAUCGGGGUCUGAUCUGCCCUGCAUACAAUGCCAGCAAAGCCGCUGUCAUCCAGCUUGCUCGCAACCUCGCCGCUGAAUGGGGUACCUACAACAUCCGCGUUAAUACCAUCUCCCCCGGCUACAUCGUCACCUCUAUGGUGGAAAACCUGUUCAUCGACUUCCCCGAGCGCCGCGAACAGUGGCCCAAGGAGAACAUGCUUGGUCGCCUCUCCCGACCGGAGGAGUACCGUGGCGCCGCCGUCUUCUUGCUUAGCGAUGCUAGCAGCUUCAUGACUGGCAGUGAUCUGCGCAUCGAUGGUGGCCACACCGCGUGGUAG